AUGACAAUGGGUGGCACUGGAGUGGACGUGAUUGUGUCAAGUGCUAUGUUGGAUGGUCCUGGGACGACGGCAGCAAGAGCUGCCUCAGUCAGUGCAGUCGUAAACCGCUCAAAAGUCCACCACAUCCUGGAGGACGCAGUCCUCUCGAAUCUUAGCGCAAGCAACUCAAGCUCACAAGGAUCCAGGAUCGACUCGGCAUCUCUAACUUUCAAGGUCUGGUCUCGCAAUGCAAACAAGAAAAUGGGGGUCCAUUUCUGGCACUUGCGAAUCGCUGCUGUCUAUCGCGGCUACGAGCUGGGAAGAGCCUACGCAUCUCCGUUUGUCCAGCCACCUCGAAACAUCACACAUUUUGAAGCGCCUCUCCAACUUUUCAACCUCACCAUUCCUCUUGAUCUUGCCACAAAACUGAAGGGCGAUCUAGACUCCGGCCAAAUUCCGAUGAGGAUCAACGUGAAAAUGCGGGCAAAGUACAAACGAGUCGACAAGUCAUGGCAAACAAAGCUUAUCUCUGGCGACCUUCACGGGGACGAUAAGUGUAACCUUUUGAUUGGCGUUAGUUCUACUAAUAGGUUCAGCAGCUUGAAAGGAAGGCAGUGUGGAUGGACUGUUGCAUUUUUCAAUCCAAAUCAGGGAGCUUGA